AUGGACGAUUUCAAUAAGCUGUCUAGUCUUAUCGAGCGAGUAAAGUGGCUGGGCAAUGGGUACAAAGAAACCGCUCGGGCACACAAGAUUUCCUUGGAGGCAUUUGCCAGAGUAACUGCUGAGCCACGAGAAACCAGUUGGAAACAAGAUACUGUAAUUGCAUCAUUUUUGAAAUAUUGUGAUACUCAGACCCUCUCUCUCCAGAGUAUGCAGAAGAUCUCGCAAAUGGUAGCCAAUGAUCUUGAGAGCGCCCUUGAUUCGGUCAGCCAUCAGUUACUAUCUUACCAAAAACAAGAAGAUGGGUACAAGCACGAGAUGGUUAAGGCCGAAGAUCGAAUGCAUACGGCCGCCGAGAAAAGGAACAAUGCACUUAAGGGCGAGUCCGAUGUCUGGAAGGCCGACUUAGAUCUCAAGCACUGCAUUAAAGAUUACAUUCGCAAAGAGGAGAAGCAUGCUCAAUUCCGGCAGACAAUGUCCCACAUCUACCAGACUGCCUACAAUGAUGCGCUGAAAAUGUACUACACCACUCUGCGCGAGUACAUGCUUAGUGCCCACAACCACCUCAACAUUCUUCUUUCGGACCUCAAAGAACUCUCCAGUGUUGCCUCUAACAGCCACCUAAUGUACAAACUAGCCGACAAAACCUUCGAUUUAGACCGUAGUCUUACGCAGCCCAGUGAAGACCGGUUUGCCGAGCUCUAUCAAAAGACCGCCCAAGAAAAAGACGCCCACAAUGGCCUCUACCCCUUUCUCGUCGACCUGUCCGUGCGCGGCUGCGGCCUCUUCUAUACCAGCAAACUCUCGAACACGCCUCCAGUCUUUCUGGUUCUCACUAGCACCCAAUACAUUCAUGCAUUUUCAACCACCAACCUCUUUUGUGGGAUAUCUAACAGUUUAUUUAUAGCGCCAGAGCCCCAUCCUCCAGCUGAGGUUUCAGCGCAGCUCAAUCAAGCCCCUCGGCCGCGGAGCCUUUGCUUGAGCAACGAGAACGAGCUCGAAGAAAUUCAUCUGUACCUCCUAGCACACCUAGAAGACCUUCCAGUGCACGAAAAGGGCUUUCCUUUUUCAAUCAAGGACAAAAAGGUAUCUUUAGCCCAAAACAACAAGGAAAUCAUUAUUGAAGACAAGUCUUCCCUUUUCUUCAGUAACAAACUCAAGCUGCGAGGCAUGUCUCACCAGCAAAUCAGAAAGUUCUACGCCCUGUUUGCUGUCCAAGAACCCACCACACCCGGGGCCUCGCUUGAUUCCGAGCCCGAAGUAGUGAUUUCCUGGUCUUCAGCAAGUUUUGACAAUCCCUGGCAAUAA